AUGAGACGUACAGGCACAGAUGAAAGUAAAUAUGUCUUAAACACUGCUGUUCAGAUUUACACAGCAUCCAGACCAAGUUCAGACCAAUGGAAAAAAAAUGCAGCAAAAAUUGAAUUGAAUGAAACUCAAAAGCAAGAAAUUAAAGAGGCCUUUGAUUUAUUCGAUGUUGAUGGGUCUGGAACCAUAGAUGUGAAAGAACUGAAGAUUGCAAUGCGGGCCUUAGGAUUUGAGCCGAAGAAAGAAGAAAUUAAAAAGAUAAUAGCUGAAACUGACAAAGAAGGAAUUGGCACCAUUAGUUUUGAAGAAUUUUUUGCCAUAAUGAGCGUAAAAAUGAGUGAAAAGGAUGAAAAAGAAGAAAUACUGAAGGCUUUCAAAUUAUUUGAUGAUGAUGAUACAGGAAGUAUAUCACUGAACAAUAUCAAGAGGGUUGCUAAGGAACUAGGGGAAAAUUUAACAGAUGAUGAACUUCAGGAAAUGCUUGAUGAGGCUGAUCAUGAUGGGGAUGGAGAAAUAAACAAGGAAGAGUUUUUGAAAAUGAUGCAAAAGACCACUCUUUGUUAA